AUUGUGCCGCAGAGACGCCUAAACUAACGGCUGGUGCAGUGCAAUUCGAUUGGUGUUUUCUCCGCGAGCGUUCUGCUCUAAUAUGUGUGCCAUCAAGCUGCAAAAACGGCGACGCGUGGACAUUAUGAAGGGGCGUGUUAUUUCUGUGACACAUCUCCACCAAUAAGCCCUUCACUUGUAUGCGUUUUGCUAAGGAGGAAUGCAUGCUGGACAGAGGCUGUAAUAUCACAGAGGAUUUUUACAUAUUAGCCAACUGCUAAGGGAAAUAAGAGGACGCAACCGUAUAAUUUUUUGUUCGCACCCGCCCUGAAAACUGUAAGGCAACUAGAGAUCGGGCGCUGCCGUUGGUAGGCUACCCACCGCUUAUACCUGAUCACCAGCGCUGCCCGCGCGCAGAUCCCUUUAGCUGAGUUUGGAAAGCGAUGGGUGAAGUCUGCUUGCUCCACUGCUGGAAACCCAGGCAAUGACAAAUGCUGUACAACAGGAUGGAUUUACCAACGAAAGAAAUAGUGGGGUUUAUUAUUGCAUGCUGCUGUUGGUUACAUGCUCACGCAGAGGUCAUCGCUGAUGACAGCUACUUAAACACAGUGCAAAAUGCAGCUCCUCUCUCCUGCUCGGAGGGCUUCACUGAGCUGGGCUACUACAACGGCACCGUGUCCCAGACGGACUCGGGCUCGCCCUGUCUGAAGUGGACCGAGUUCCCCGACUACGUCCAGCAGUACCCGGGCCGGGGGCUGGGGGAGCACAGCUACUGCCGAAACCCGGACCGCGAGUCCAACCCCUGGUGCUUCUUCCGCCAGAGCUCCGGGGCCAUCGGCUGGGCCUACUGCGACUGCCACCAGGGUGUUGCCAGGCUGGUAGGUGGCCCCUCCUCCACGAGCGGACGCCUGGAAGUGUACCUGAAUGGCCAGUGGGGGGCGGUGUGUGACACUCACUGGACGGACCGCGAUGCCAGUGUGAUCUGCAGGCAGCUGGGACUCGGCGAGAUCGGCACGGCGCUCCAGAACUCCCACUUUGGGGCAGGCUCCGGAAUCUUCCACUACGAGCGCCUGGGCUGCCGCGGCAACGAGGCCUCCAUCCUGCAGUGCCAGAGCAGGAAGUUCGUCACCAGCGACUGUAACCACGGGAACGAGGCCGGGGUCGCGUGCGCGCCGCCGGAAGGGAACGACGCCCCCUUGAGGCUGGUGGACGGCGCGGAGGAGUUCGAGGGCAGGGUGGAGGUGUUCCACAGCGGCCGGUGGGGCACCAUCUGCGACGACCAGUGGGACGACGUGGACGCCGAGGUGGUGUGCCGGCAGCUGGGGUUCGGGGGUGUGCCGAAGGCUUGGUCGUGGGCACACUUUGGGCAGGGGACUGGGCCCAUCCUGCUGGACGCAGUGCAGUGCACGGGGAACGAGCUCUCCCUGGAGGAGUGUCCCCACGGAGGCUGGGAGCAGCACAACUGUGACCACAUGGAGGACGCGGGCGUGUCCUGCAGCCCCUACACCGACGGGGUGGUGAGGCUGGUCGGGGCUGAUAUUCCCUGGGAGGGGCGUCUGGAAGUGUUCCAUAAUGGCGACUGGGGGACCGUGUGCAGCAAUGGCUGGACGGAGCUCCAUGCACGUGUGGUGUGUCGUCAGCUGGGGUUCAGGGGGCGAGCGGAGGUGGCGGUGGACGGGGCCUUUGGCGAGGGCAGCGGGCUGAUCCUGCUGGACGGCGUGCGCUGCUCGGGCUCGGAGCGCUCGCUGCUGGACUGCGGGCACGGCGAGUGGGGGCGCCACGGGUGCAGCCACCGCCAGGACGUGGCCGUGCGCUGCGAGAGGCACGUGGAGACCAACCAGGUCCCGGGACCCCCGCCCGUCACAGGCAUGCUGGUGCGCCUGGUGGGGGGCCAGAGCAGGAAGGAGGGGCGAGUGGAGGUGCUGAUGAGCGGGCAGUGGGGCAGCGUCUGUGACGACGGCUGGAAUGACCUCAACGCCGCCGUGGUCUGCAGGCAGCUGGGAUUCAGCGGGGUCUCCAAGGCUCGCACGAUGGCGUACUUCGGCGAGGGCCGCGGGCCCAUCCACCUGGACAACGUGCGGUGCACGGGGAAGGAGGCGUCCCUGGGGGAGUGUCCCGCCCAGGGGCAGGACGCCCACGACUGCCGGCACGGCGAGGACGCGGGGGUCACCUGCGACCACGCCCCGGGCUCGGCGGGGGACGGCGGUGCCGGCGUGCGGUCCUGCGGCCUGCGACCCAGCACGCUGCACCACACGAAGAACUCUGCCGGGAAGGACAAGCCAUCCAGGGGUGAGUGGCCAUGGCAGGCCUCUCUCUGGCUGAAACCUCACUCUAAAGGAAACCAUCCUCUCUGUAGUGCCACACUGAUCAACCCCUGUUGGGCCCUCACUGCUGCUCACUGCUUCAAUAGGUUCGGCAGAGACCCCUCGCGCUACGUGCUACGGCUCGGUGACUACCACGUCUCGGAGCGGGACGGGUCGGAGCGCAGUCUGUCGCCCGAGCGCAUCGUGGUCCACAGGAAGUACGAGAUCCAGGGCUGGGAGCACGACGUCGCCCUGAUGAGGCUGCGCGGGGAGGAGGGGAGCUGCGUGACCUUUGACCCCCACACCAACGCCGCCUGCCUGCCCAGCGUGGCCAGCACAUGGGGCAAAAAGCCAGCCACCUGCCUCAUCAUGGGCUGGGGCCUCACAGACUCAGAGCGCUCGCACACCCUUUUGCCGGCCUGGGUACCCCUGCUGCCCUCCAUGGCGUGCAAGAAGCGCUACGGCGAGCGUUUCACCAGCCACAUGCUGUGCGCGGGCGACCCCGCGGGCCGGCGGCGCACGGGCAGCUGCCACGGCGACAGCGCGGGCCCCCUGCUGUGCCAGGGCGAGGACGGGCGCUGGAACCUGGUCGGGGUCACCUCCAGGGGUCAGAGCUGCAGCGACCCCACCCUCCCCGGGGUGUACACCCGCACCGGCAGGUUCCUGCACUGGAUCGAACACGCGGUGCGUGGCCCUGCCGAGAUCUGACGCGCCAUUGGUCGAGGCUGGGUCAUGUGACUCCUGCAGUAGAGGAGGGGGUUAUGGGGGUUGCGGUGCAGUCCUGGGAUCAGGCUCAUGCUCUGCACCAAAACGCGACAGGAUAACGGCUUUUUUAGAUUUACUUCCUACCACAGUUUCACUUUCCUUUUUAAAUAUUUUCUGAUUGUAUUUAUCUGAUUUGCCUUCUUUAAUACAUAAUGUCGGUACAGUCUUGAGAAAUUUUUUUACGUGGCACUUAGAUGCGAUUCUCUUGCUUUACACUGGAAAUUCAUCCUGCUCCAAGGUGAAGACGGGAAUGUUCUGUCAUUUUCUGAAGCGUUGUUUUGGUGCAAUCAUGAGACCAGACCCAGUAAUACUGUGAAUGGCCGUACCGGCCAUCGCAAACCGCUUCUGCCAGCCAAUCAGCAUUUCCCGAGGGAUGAGGUCUGCUCGUGUUGUGCAAGUUUUUUUUUUCUGUCAUGCGAACAUUCUCCUUGUGUUCAUGUCACAGAGCUCUCAGUUUUAACAAAAGGUGUGCUGUCCUUAGCACGCGGUGGCUUUGACAUUUGCAGGAUCUGUGCUCAUUGUAUCACGGGGAUUGUUCAGGGGGGGGAGGUGCUGUGUGUAGACAUUUAGAAGGCACAGUAACUUUAUUUUUUCAGUUGUCCGUCAGAUGUGCUUCUGGAAAUUGAAACCAGAACCAGCAUUGGAAGUUGCUCAGACCUGACCUGGGUAUCUUUUGCAGUGAGAACUCAGGAACUUGGUCCAGGGGUUGGAGAAAGAACGCAGUUUUUUUCCCAGGCUGGUCUGUUACGUGUUCCACUAUUCUACCUAAGCCCUCUGGUGGCACUUAACUGGCUGUUUGUGCAUGUGUCGGUCAUGUUUUUCCAUUGAUUUUCCCAGUGUUUGCUUGCUUUUCUAUACACACAUAUGAAGAAGCACAUAUAGCAGUGUGUCAGAAGUCCUCCUUGGAAGAAUUCUGUUUUUCUGACAAGUUUCAUUACAGCAGAAUUGUUUCCCAGUGCCAUCAUAUCGUCAUGGAAAAUAAUUUUAGCCAUAGGGGGCCUUGAACUAGACUGCGCUGUUGCAAAGGCACCCCCCCCCCUCUUUGAGAACAGCAGAUCUAAUGUGUGAUUCUUGCUAACAUACUUCCAUAAGCAAGGAACCCGCCUACGCUUAUUUAACUUAGCAUUUUAUUGUCCAAUGAGCAUUCGCUAUCCUGGUGUGAACAUGUAAAUUUUCAUUACGUUUUACUUUCGGAAACAAGCUCGUCAACUUUCCCUGACUGAGGACCUGGCCGAUAGUCGCCCGGUUUGCUGAAAACUCCGUCUGCUGUAUGUGAAUGCAGAGUCAACGUUCAACCUUCUGAGCCACAUUUCUCUUGUCUGCUACUUUCUGCAUUAGCUGCCACCAUAGCUUCUGUAUGCCUGUGGUUCAAGCUCCUGAUUUCCUGAUGUGGAUUCCAUUUUGUUGGGUGAAGUUGAUUUGCUGGCCACAGUUAAUGCUGGCACGGUGUCUGGUCUUUUGGGGAAAAUAAUUUGCAAACAACGGAGAAGGAGCCAGAAGCGAUUUUUGCGAAGCUGGCCACCUGUAGCUCUCUUCUCCAAAAUGACUGCAGAAAGGCCCUCCUUAUAAUGGCUUGCUGUUUAAAAAGCCUGAAUGGCCAGUUGAAGCUCCGCCCAUUGAUGACAUCAACAAAUGAUGAUUUCACUCCUUAUUUUAUUGAUUUUAGGGAAAUGGGUGCAAAAGCCAGAUUGUCAUUGAGCAUGUAAUCCUGGUCUUUCCUAAAAGCUGUAAUGUAGAUAUAAUUUACCAAUUGACUAGUUAAGAUCUCAGAGCAAGAGAAGACCAAAUUGAGAGUCUAUUUCUUCUUGUUCAUAGCAUUUUUUAUCUCUGAAGUCUGUGUACUAGCUAUUAUCUUUAAAGUGCUUUAGAAGGAGCUCCAAGUGACUAGAGGUUUUGGGGUCUCCAUGCCUGUACGAUGUUGUUUUAACAGUAGGGUCAUUGUGACUGCGUCACCAUCAACCGUGUAAAUAUUGAAUUGGUUUGAACAAUGCUUUUAUUGUGUAGAUUAAAAAAGGGUUGAGAGCAACUGUACUCAUUUUCAAAAACAUGUCAUGUGCAGCCAAUAACAACAAACACUGCCUAUGUUUUUAUUUCAGUUAUUUCAUAUUUUAAAAAUACAUUUGCAUGGUUUUCAUUCAAUUUUGGUGGAUAUUAACCUUGCGUACAGUAGUGGUUGCACUGUUGUUUUGACUGUUGGUAGGCCAAACCGACCUUGUACAAGGGGUGGUCAAUCAAACAGUGUAAGAAAUUUGCUUGUGGACAAAAGGAUAUAUUUCUAAAUGUGGUGUGUGUAUACCUGUUAGUUUUCUUGUACCAAACAUACUAGUUUGACUGCAUUAGGCAAGCAUUUUGAAAUGUUUCUAGAGUCUUCAAAUCUAUAGAUCCUUUUCCCUACUGGACCCUUUCCUUGUGCCCUAUUGUACAUAGAUGAACUGCUAUAUGUGUAUUGUCCAGCAGGUGGCAAUAUUGGAUUUUUGAGAUAAACAUGUAGACUUGGUGUACCCCCUUGAUUUCCCUGGAAUGUAAUGCAAAAUUAUUAUUUCUUUCAGAUCUACUCUAAAUAUCACCACUGUGCUAAGCCAAUACAUAUGCUGGACAGGUAGUCCUACAGUAACAGGGAUGCAAAAUAAUGUUUUCAGAAUGCCCUAUCUGUUUUGAGAGAGCCACAGGAGAUGCCACCAUCACAACUGAAAAGUUAUUAUGUUAACCUGAAGUAUUUUUAUACAUUAUUUACAUGUUUUUUGACACACUUCUGCCACCUUCUCUCAUUAUUCUCUGAAUAGGAAUAUGCGUCAAGUGUUUUGUGAAGUACUCAACAGUAUGUCAGUGCAUAUGGGGGGUGGGGUACAGGGGGGUGGCAGAUUCUUGGGGGGGGGGGGAUUUUUAAUUACUACCUACUUAAUUAUGUGAAAGUCUUUGCGAAUACUGGCUUAUUUCUGGUUUCACUGGCUGUGUACAAGGCUGUCAAUGUUUCCAUGUGAGAAAGAUGCCAAAUAAAGUAGCUAGUUCUGCUUGUA